CUUCAUCAGCACCAGCAGUCUGUUGGAUUACAACUGAGCGACUCAGUGUUCUUCCUUGAGUGUGCCGUACUACCUACCGUCGAGACCCUCCUUGCCAUGAUUUGCUAGACUUCCGCACCGUCAUCAGAGACACUUGUCAAACUCUCCUUCCUAUCCUCCUUACCCCUCUAAGCUUCGCACAAGUUUUUCUUCGAAGUUCAUUCUGAUUCCGGAAAAUGAUUACAAUAAUUAUAAUAUGUUAAUCAUGUUUGUAAUCACGAUCAUGUGAGUAAGAGUAUUUUUGAACCACAUGUGAAUCACCGUUCGUCCUUCUACAAAUCACUCUUCGUUCACGAUCCGAUCUCAUCGACUUAGCAGGGAAGAAACAACAAGAUGUCGGAUGUAUUCACCUUCUGGUUGCCGGAUGACGACAAUGCUAGUACCCUCAGACCCCUGUGGACUAGCGAAUCCGGCAUCUGUGUAUGCACCUUCGCUGCCAUGUUCAUCUAUCAACUGAUCAUGCUGACAAUCGCUACGCUACGUGGCGUUUACAAAUUUUUCCUGAUGCGGAAGCGUUGCAAUUUGCUCGAGCGCUAUGGCGGCCCUGGGACCUAUGUAGCGAUUACUGGUGCGAGCAGUGGAAUGGGCCGCAUAUUAGCGCAUCAUUUUGCGGAGUUGGGAUUUAACCUGCUUCUGAUCGGCCAUAGUGGAUGCGAAAAGACGAAAAAAGAGUGCAUAGAUAUCGCUGCUGGAAGACUAAAGGCUGGGGAAGUGGACUCGAGCAAGGAGGAGGAAGCAGAGAUGAGGAGUUUUGGGGAGGACGAGGAAAAAAGUGCUAUUUUCAGAGAUGAACCAACAUUUUUGCUGCUGGAACUGUUUUGUCCUGCCAUUACUGAAUGGGGCAUUAUGAUGAACCGCAUGUCCGAGUGUAUUUCUUCAAUGAAUCAUUUGCGAAGACUCUGUCUACGGACGCGGCAUAGAGUAAGAUGUCGUACUGAUAAUUGCAAUUUCGUUUUCCUUAUUGUUGACAGAGUAUAAAUAACGUCCUCUGCAACUACAGGUGUCACAGUCACAGCAGCAGAAGCAAGCGCAAAGCCCGAAACCAACGUGCGCACCAUCUUAUGCGAUUUUGGCGAAGCAGCAAAAGAAAGUGACUUCUUCGCACCGAUCGAAGCUGCCUUUGAAGAAUUAGAUGUGGGCGUUUUGAUAAACAAUGUGGGCCAGCGAUUUGCAUGGGACCCGUAUCAUGAGUUCCCGAAGGAGCAGAUUGAGCAGGUUAUCUCAGUAGGUGCACUGACGCAAGCGAGGAUGACGCAAAUUGCUCUGAAAAAGUUUAAGAGUCGAUCGUCGAGCAAUGCAGUUGCGGAGGAGAAGAAGACGUAAUUUUGAAAUAGAUGCUAAACUUAGUUUUCGCACCUGACUUUUCCAGAUGAAUCAGGCCGAAUAGAUGAUUUUGUUUUGUUGUGCCUCUUGAUUCCGUUCAGCUAAGUCGAAUAGAUGAUUUACUCUGACAAGAAACCUGUACUAUCAGCUCCGCUGUUGUCUUCAUCACUGCCAUGGGGCAUCAUCCGGGUUCACUCCUAGCAGUUGGCCAGAUCGAACCGUGGCUAACCGUCCCCUACCUCGCCGUUUACGAGGCAGCAAAUCAAUUCGGAUUCUACCACGCCAACAGCGUCAUGGCGGAAUACGGGAACGAAUUUGACUUUCUGUUAAGACUGGUGAAGGUGAUGGAAUUGCAAUUGGACACCUAAUGACACCUGUAACCUAUAAUUUCAAAUCUGGAGGUGUCUCGUUGUCGUUCAGACACACAGCACUUGCUUUACUAGACACACAGCACUGGUGCCGCUCUCUAAUCCCCAACAUCACUCCUGGUGCUGUUUUUACCGAGAACACGAAAUACCUGAUGCGCGAUCCGGUCUGCUGGAUGCAAGGGUGCCACGUAGAGCAUUUCUGUGCGAACAUCGUACGCUUUCUUGGCCGCGUCAAUGGCAUACAUUGCGCCUAUUGGGGACACGCACUUUCCAUGCACUUGCUGAACAUCUUGCCUUUUGGGCAUGAGGUUUUCAAAUCGUGGGUUGGCUACAGUGUCGGAAAGUUGAUUGCUUCGCAGCACAUGGAAGCGUACCCAAAUCGACCGGGAGGGGAGUGUGGGAAAACGAAGUAAAGAAGGUUUCUUGAGGAGAAAAGUUGCUGUUCUUUGUAGUUCUUGUACUUGACAAUGUCCACAUAGUCCUCGAGUAGUACCUGUCCGGAGUUGGCUAGUAUGAGGGCUCUCCACAUAUAAUAAUAAUAAUAUGUUGACGUAGUUCCUAUUCAUAUUAACCAUGCAUGUUGUUCUUACAAAGAUCCAAGAUUACGAACUCCAUAUAGGCGCUGGCAGAAUUAAUGUAAGAUCUAUGCAAUUAACAUUACUUCUGCAAGCGCCUAUAUGUUAUUCCAAACUCUUACAUUAAGAUAAGCGAAGUAAUCCACGCAGUUGUUUGCC